AUCCCCCCCCCCCCCCCACCUCUGACCUCCAUGAUAUGCCUAAAUUGCAUUGUUAAUUUUUCAGGCAGUAGUGCUUGCGCAUCUCGAAUACAAGCAUCUAUUUCUUGCUAUUCGAGUACAUGUGAACUGUUAUCAUAUCCACCAUGCAUACCUUCGAGACUUGGCGUUGAGUGGCCGACAGUGCAGGAAGCAAGGGGUCACCUACUUCGCAAUCUGUGGCUAAGUACGUGAGUCAGGAUGAUUGCAUGAGUAGAUUGCUAGACCAUGAGUAUGCUGGUCACAGUCGUUCAUCCAUAUUUCAAAUAGCGGAACCUUGAGCUCUCGUAUUCUUCAUCACUCAGAUCUAAAACCUUGACAGAUGGGCAGCAGCUGACCGAAGCACCACCUCAUCCACGGAACAGUAAUUCAGCAAGCAACAUCGGUCAUUCAAAAAGAGAGCGAAAUUCGAUUUCAUUCCUGGACUGCAUUUUCACUGUAGUUUCAAUGGUCACUACUACCGGGCUCACUAGCGUGCUGCUUCGGGACUUCAACACUACAGGAUUGUUUACCUUGAUGGUGCUCAUGCUCCUCGGAAGCAGCGUCUUCGUCUCGCUCCUCCCUAUUUACGUCCGCCGAUUACGCAUCUUACGCUACAACCGAGCUCUAGAUACGUCCAACGCUGCCAAUGUAUCAUCUUCACAACUCUCAUCUUACAACUCUUCUGACUGCCAUCAUUCGAGGGCCACAGGUAUGAGUCCCAUAUCGAACCACACUCUGCAGAUCGUUGCUGAAGUAGAUGCUCAAAGCCAUGACUCUGGUACUGGGUUUGGAAGACACCCACAUAUUAAUUCAGAUCCGGUAGUAAUCAACAUUGCAAACCGUUUCAAUGAUUUAUCUGAUGAGCAAGAAGUAGCGCAGCAAUCGGAUGACCUUCGAAUUGCCAGAUGGCUAGAGGACCAAGCGCUUCGAUCGUUGUCCUGGAUAAUUCCAACCUACAUCGUCGUCCUCUUGACUUUUGGAUUCCUCGCUGUCGUCUGGAACAACAGCUUCAAUAGCAAAGAAGCGUCAAAGAUCCGCUCGCUAUUCGACGCCCAAGGUAUCAAUCCAACCCUGGCCGCCAUCUUUAUGUCCAUCUCCGCGUUCUCUAACACGGGAUCGUCCCCGCUCGACGAGAAUUUUGUACCGUUUGCGACGUCCUCCCUCGUGCUUGUCUCUCUUACGGUUCUUUUCCUCGGAGGGAACACCCUCUUUCCGCCCAUCUUGCGAUUCAUAAUCUGGGGGCUUCGCACCUUGAAGCGCACCGAUGAUCCUCAGAAAGAUGUAUACAACUUUUUACUUCGAUAUCCGCGCCGAUGUUCCACGCACCUAUUUCCUCACAUGCAAAGCCUAUGGAUAAUUGCCACUGUUUUGGGGUUCAAUACGGUGGACCUGAUUGCGUUUUGCGCAUUGGAGUGGAAGUCGGCCGCUUUGGCAGCCCUGCCUGAUCGAAGUGCAUGGAUCAAGCUGAUGGAUGGGCUCUUUCAGUCGCUAAACACACGCAGUUCUGGAAUGAACGUUCUGACAUUAAGCACUUUGUCUCCGUCUCUGCUUGUCCUCUACUCUGCAAUGAUGUGCAUUGCAGUUUAUCCUGUAUACCUGUCACGUCAACACACGCGACUGACGCACACCGACUUCAACCAGCUUCACCUAUUUAGUACCUCCGACCUGUGCGAUCCAGAAAAGCAUAAAAGUACUGCAGAUGGCGCAGAUGACAACAGAUUAUCGACACAGUAUAAACAGCUUCUGACGAGGGAUUCCGCGUCUCUCUUCGUCCUUGUCUUCCUCGUCUGCACUUUGGAAAUGCGCAACACUAACUCUGAUCCUCUGAACUACUCCGUUUUCAACAUCGUCUUCGAAGUCAUCAGUGCAUACGGGAACGUGGGUCUGUCACUGGGUUACAGCUGCGAGCAAUGGCAGCGAGCAAGCAGCAACAGUUCUACCUCUCAAUUAGCUGACGAAUGUAAGAACGUCUCUUACAGCUUCUCGGGCAAGUGGAGCAGUGGGUCAAAGCUCCUUCUAAUUUGCUGCAUGAUUUUGGGUAAACACCGUAGCCUUCCUAACGACGACGACUCCACAAUCUCCUAGCAAUCACAAAAAGCCAAGGUCAUGGAAGCAGCAAACAGCCGCAACAGCUCCCCAGUGGUGUGAAUGACGUUCGUUGCUCUGAAUACACAACUUGCGUUUCCACAUUCUGACCUCACAUCUGAAUACACAACGUCAUUCCUUCACUUUGCAUACUAAGUUUCGAAAUGAGGCCACAAACAUGCACAAAGCUGUACUAAAGAGUUGAAGUGUGCGACCACCGUUUUGCACCGAAGUUGAAGCUUGUGACGAGCAACUAGCAGUGACUCAAAAGAAAUUACAGGGGAAAAAUUAAUUGAAGGACUGGUUAAUCUUAAACCCUAAUUCCUAGUAAUUACGCACUGAAACUUCCUAAUGUUGCACUUGCCAGCCAGAUUGUAGCACAAUCAGUGAAUAUGAUUAUUUAUUUAUUUAUUUUA